UGCAUUAGGGUCAGAUUGACAUUUGCUACUUUCAUCCUGCUUGAGUCUCUGCCAAAGUUCAAUUUACUCGUUUGCUUAUCGAAUGCUUCAUCGCAUCCUGAUGUUCUCUUAGAGAAAGUAAACUGAGUGGAAAGUGCCCUGCGCUCACACUACCACUCCCUUAGAGCACGACUUGUUAGUCGAGAUAAUAUAGUAGGGUCAUUGGAUAUCUUGAGUGGUCCUUUCCUCAUGAAGAAAAACAAUUGUGAGCUGUGUCGUCAACGAAAGAUCAAAUGUGAUCGAGAGGAUCCAUGCAGCAACUGCAAAAAGAAUGGGCUAGAAUGCAUAUUCAUCGAUCGACCAAAACUACCAAGAGGUCGAAAUGGCGGUCGAAGGAGUGCUAAUGAUGAUCUAACGGCACGGCUGAGGAAGCUCGAAAAUAUGAUAGCGAGUGUCGCUGCAGCAAGGCAAUCGAGUGGACCUGGUGCGAAUCAGCAUGCUGUACCGAAUGCGCAGAAGGAGAACAGUCUUCCAUCUCAAGAGAGUAAGCUGGACCAAUAUCUAGGAGGCUCUUUUUGGAACAGCUUAGCAUCAGAGGUGACUGAGAUUCGGGGACUACUCCAAGACCCCCAAAUUGAGUGUGAUGAAGAAGACGAAGAAGAUAUCCCUAUAAGUGAUAAAACACCGUCUAGCCCAGGAAGACAGAACUCUGUCGAUUUGUCCACCCAGAAUCACUUCAAUUUUGUCCUUACCGGUCCGGGCACUUUCUUUGUGACCCCUGGUCUUCUGAACCACCCACCACAAGGUGUGGUCGACCAAAUGUGCACUUCUUUCCUUACGCUUGUGGACCCCAUCCUAAAGUUUGUCCAUGCUCCGUCAUUCCGCUCCUGUAUGCAAAAUCAUGGGGGCUACAUGACAUACCAACAAGAUCAUGCAGGUAUAGAAGCCUUGAAAUAUGCGACUUACUUCGCAGCCAUUGCAGCAGAAACCCCUGAAUUCAGUGCCCGGGUGCUGGGGAUCGACAAAAAGCAGGCCUUGGAUCGCUACAGGUUCUGCACAGAAGUGGCGCUGUCAAAGGCGAAUUUCUUAGAUGCUCGGGAUCUUAUCACUCUUCAGGCUCUUAUCAUCUACACAUACAUAAUUCGAGUACAAGAGUUGGGCAAACAGCAGAAUAGCCUUUCCGGCACUAUUGUACAGCUUUCUCGCAGCUUCAAUCUACAUCUACCGGCUGGGUAUCGGAAUGUUUCGCCUUUCGAAGCUGAGAUGCGCCGCAGACUAUGGAGCAGUGUUCGGAUGCUCGAUUAUUACACUGCCAUUGAUCGCGGUUCUGAACCGCUUUUACUUGAAGAUCCGAAACAAGAAUCUCCCCGGCCGCAUAAUAUCAAUGAUGAAGACUUCGGACCAGAUUCAAUAGAUCUUCCUCCCGAAAGAGAAGGGAUAACUGAUUCAUCAUGGACCAUUCUGUGCUGGCAAGUACUCUCUCAUGUCAAGCGUAUGAACUACCACGCUAUAACCGUGCAUCCUCCGAAGUCCAAAGCAGACUGGGAACAAAGAUUCUCGUUCGCUAGAGAAUAUGAAAGGAUGUGUCACGAAAAGCUGUAUCCUUAUCUGGAUUUAUCCAAUCAGCAUCACUUUAUGCUGAUGCUAAGUGCUCGAGAGACCAUUGGGGUCACAAAGCUAUUCGCUCUCCGACCACUGCGCAAAUACCCAGGAGCAACCGCACCGCCGGUGGACAACUCAUACAUUUUAGAGCUGUCCUUGGGUAUUUUAAAGGAAUCUAUGGCUUCAUGCGAAACGCGCGGGUCACCGCAUCAAUGGUGGCUAUGGAUCCUGUGGUUCGCCCUAGCUGUAGCUCUUGCAGAGCUUUGCGUGCGACCAGAUGCAAGUGACGAUGUCUGGGAUAUUGUCGAGAAAACAUAUCAACAUUACAGUACUCGUAUCGCUGACGGGAAGAAAGGUCAGUUAUGGCAACCUAUACGGCGCUUACGCAAGAGAGCGUUAUCGCAUAGAGGACCACGACAGGCAAUUGGUUCGACUGUAACGUUUGAACCAGCCGCAUCGGCGCAGGCUUCCAUAAGCCAGACGACUCCAGGACUAUAUUAUCCGUCAUUUAAUUUUAAUGCACACAUACCUUCUACAAUGCAGAUGCCGGACUCGUUGCAGGUUUGGCCACGAACAGACACCGAGAACACCGUUACACAGUCCGAUGCAAGUAUGUUUGCUACAACUCAACCGAUAGAUCCCACGAGAAGCAAUAUGCCUGGCAUGGACCCAAACUUGGACAUGAAUGAUGUUGGCUGGAAUAGCUGGAACACAUUUGUGGACGACUUCAUGAGCUUUGAUCAGCCAUAUUGAGCUAUUACUUUCCAUCCAGAACAACAUACUAGGCGAGAGGUGACAGCAAUGAAGAACUUCAUCUACGCUGUUGUCAGUCGCGUCCAUCGCCCCUGUAGCAACGAUUCAACAGCAUGG